AUGGCAGCAAAAUUCAAGCGGGCUCCAGCACCCGCACCAGCACCAGCACCCUCCUCGUCAGGAUCCGGCCCACGCGUGUUGUACUGGUUCCGCACCGACCUGCGUCUGCACGACUCUCCGGCCCUGGCGCAUGCUCUGUCCCUGAACCCUUCACACCUCAUUCCCUUGUGGACAUGGGAUCCGCACUACGUGUACCGCCAGCGAGGGUCCGCCAACCGCUGGGCCUUCCUGGUCGCGUGUAUGCGCGAUGUAUCCGGGUCGCUGACCAGACUCAACCCAAGACAGAAACUACACGUCGUCCGUCGCGCGCCCGGCAAGGUCAUCGGGCUCUUGCUGAGGAAGUGGAAGAUCGACGUGCUCGUGUUCGAGAGGGAUACCGAUGCGUAUGCGAGAAUGAGGGAUGCCGAGGUCACACGCGUCGCGGAGGAGUUGGGUGUGAAGGUGAUGAGCGUCUGCGGGAGGACGCUGUUUGAUAGUGAUGAACUGGUUAAGCAGAACGCUGGGAGGCCGACUAUGAGUAUGAGCCAGCUGGUGAAGGCGGCGGAGAAGAUCGGGGAUGGAAAGCCUGCGAGACCGCUGGAAGCGCCGAAGAGCUUGCCAGAUCCGCUUGGUGAAGGGGAGAUGGAUCUGUCGGACCUGGAGAGCGAGACUGGACACGGUGCAGAUCAAGAGCCCAAGUUCGCGGGCGAGGGAGAGGGAGAUUUUAAUGCUGUGCAGCGGACCCUGGGAGGGGACAAGAAUGUCCAAUUCAGCGUUGGACUUAUGGGGCCGCAGAAAUCCUUUAGUGUGCCGACGUUGGAAGAGAUGGGUAUUGAUCCCGCGAGUGUAACGACGCCUCAUGUGGGUGGGGAGGGUGCAGGACUGGCAGUGUUGCAGAAAUACAUUGACAACGAGGAAUAUGUGGGGACCUUUGAGAAGCCGGCGACGGCGCCGACGGACUUUGAUCCACAAGCGACGACGCUACUCUCGCCUCAUAUGCAUUUUGGCAGUGUCAGUGUGAGAAAGUUCUGGUGGGACGUGCAGGAUGUCUUGGAGAAGAGGAGGAAGGAGAAGAAGCACAACAGCAGCGAGCCAGUGAAUUUACCUGGUCAAUUGUUGUUCAGAGAUAUGUACUUCGCCGCACAUGCGAAAGUCGGAGUGCCGUUUGGACAGGCGGUGGGAAACCCAGUCGCGAGGUUCAUUCCCUGGCAUCUGCAAAGUAAUUAUACGAUCGAUGGAGAGGGGAAUUAUCAGUCGGACGGGACGUAUAUGGUCGAUGACCCGCAAGCGGAGGAGUAUUUCAGGCGGUGGAAGGAAGGGCGAACAGGGUUUCCCUGGAUUGAUGCACUGAUGAGGCAGCUCAAGCAGGAAGGAUGGAUUCAUCAUCUGGGAAGACAUGCUGUUGCGUGUUUCCUGACACGGGGCGGGUGCUAUGUGUCUUGGGAGAGAGGCGCAGAGGUGUUUGAAGAGUGGUUGAUCGAUCAUGAAAUCGCUUGCAACGCGGGCAAUUGGAUGUGGCUAUCGUGUACCGCAUUCUUCUCGCAGUUCUACAGGUGUUAUUCACCCGUGGCGUUUCCAAAGAAGUGGGAUCCAGAAGGGAACUUCGUCAGGCGGUAUGUGCCGGAGCUGGACAGGUUUGAUAAGAGAUACAUCUACGAACCGCACAAGGCGCCCAUUGCGGAUCAGAAGAGCUGGCGUUGCGUUAUUAAAGGAGAUGGGACCGAGAAGGGAAAUAGCGAAGUCAGGGUGUAUCCGAAGCCGAUGUUCGAUUUCAACGAGCGGAGGCAGUUUUGUAUUGAUAAGGUCAAGGAGGCGUAUCAUGUGGGACUCUAUGGAGAUGACGAAACGGUGAAGAGUGGUGGGUGGAAGAAGCUGUUUGGUUAUGAUGAUCGAGGAGCCCGGAGGAAGGAGGAGGCAAAUGGUGGAUUUGGCGGUGGCGUGAAGAGGAGGAGGGAUGAGGAGGACACCGAGGAGCAUGAUCUUGAUCUGGGCGGAAAUGAUGAUCAUGGUGAUGAGAGGGAGGAACGACGCGAACACAAGGCUGCGAAGGAGCAGGAUCGUGGCAAGAAGGGCCAGCAGAAAACCUUGGAUGCAAUGCUGACUAGGAAGAAGAAGAAGAAGGAGCAGAUUGGUCUCAAUGUGUCUACAUCUAUCUCGAAUGCAUAA